UUAGUCGAUUUUAAGUGUAAUAAUGGAGUCUGUCACGGACAAGGCCUCAACCUCAAGCAAUCGAUCGCAGCAAAACAAUCAGAAUAAAUAUACUCAAGAGGAAAUUGAUGCAGCCUACGCUCUUCUUGCAUUGAGCAACUCAGCCCCAGACCCAUCAGCAGGUAACAGAGCUGCUUGUCCAAAGCUUGAAGCGGAACUUUAUGUCACAAUGGAUGAACCUCCUAUGGCUCCACAAAACACGUCUAUAGAACAUCACCUAAAGAGUGUCCAACACAGCAUGGAUAGUCAAGUAUCACCUUUAACUAAACUGAACUCAUUUGUUGCCACGACUCUACCAGUUAGAGAAGGACAUUACGUUUACAGUCACUACGUUUCUCAGCCAUGCGACAUUACCAUGUGGAGAUGCGAGACUCAUGGAUCCUGGUCUUGUCAACAGUGUUUCCAUGCAGCAAACCCGUAAAGAGUUUUUUGAAAGCGUGUUUUAUAAAAAAAAAUGCUUUUCAAUGAAAAGAGUUGACGCAAGUCUUAAAUAAAAAUGAUGCAAUAAAAAGCUUUUAUUAAUUUCUAUCCUCGGUGUCGUUCCUCUUAUUUUCGGAUCAAUCGAUGAAUGAAGUAAUGCAUAGAUUAAUUCGUGGUGUACGAGGUUCUAUGAGUCACGGCUCUGAGCCGGUGCCAUAAACAUGCACUGAGCUGAAUGACAGUAGCCUUUAGCUUCGUUUAGACGCUGUUCAAUCUUUAGUCUUGAGACUGCAACUCUUGCCGCUUUGCACAUGUCAGACCAAGCGGGAUAGAGAGUCCUGUCUGCACAUGGACAGGAUAUCUGUCCUAAAACCGCACAGAUCUGUUUCUGGUCCUAUUGGUCCUGUCGUCUAAAUAAGGCCACACAGUCUUCACACUCCUGUGCUGACUUCAAGCAAAGUGAUGUUCGGGCAGAUUUCUGCGCUGACGAUGGCGACGGCAAAGCAAAAAAAAUUCCAUCUUUUUGGGCAUUGAAAACCUUA